AUUAAUAGACAAAAUUGAGGAUUGAUUUGAAAGAACAGAAAAAUAGGUAGCAAAAGGCAGAGGCAGAGGCAGAGGCUCAGAGCUUGGAGAAGAGUCUGUAGGAGCUCAGACCUCUUAUAUCAUUAUCAUAUGCUUUCCAACACCCAACCUUUAUACAACGUUUCAUUCCAGCUUCUUUUUUAUCUGACGGAUUUUCUCUCUUGGUUUAAGAUCUGAUGGCUUUGAUUGAUGUCACCAAAUCUUGCCUUGAUUCGAUUCGCCAAAUAUCAGAACACAUCGAAGGGGCAAUUGUAUACCUAGAUGCUGGAUGCACGGAAAGUUUCCAGCUUAUGGGAGCAUUUCCUCUUUUCCUGGACCUUGGAGCGCGUGCAGUUUGCAGCUCGGAAAACAUGUGUGCUCUUGAUGCGGUAGCUGACUGGAAUGGAAGUUUUGAAUCAGCAAGGAAAAUUGUAAUUAUGACUUCUCGUUUACUAAGUGAUGCACACCGUUUUAUACUACGUUGCCUGAGCAUGCAUAAAGGAGGUCAUUGUUGUACGAUAUUUACAUCUAUCUCAGAGGUAGCUCAUUCAGCAUAUCCUGAUUCACCUCUUGGACCUGAUGCAUUCCAUGAGUAUCAAUCCUUUCUUCUCCAAGAUUAUGAGGAGCUUAUUGAAAAUUCUGAUUUAAAGUCUGGUCAGUUGGUUGAUAGUAAUACAAAAGGAAAUUUGACACUUGAAGAUGAAGGAUGGUCCAGGUUCACCUCCAAUGAAGAUGUUCCUUCCCUUGAGGCUAGUUCUGCUGGAAAAAAUCUAUAUGGGGAUAGUCCAAGACGGGGAAUGGUAGAUUUGGGACAAAAACCCAUUGUUUCUGUCCAUCACUUCCCCAUGAUUUUAUCCCCCAUUUCACCUAGAGUGUUUGUCUUACCUUCUGAGGGAUCAAUAGCUGAAGCAUGCUUAUCAUCUGAACACGAGGAUUCUAUUAGUGCUGGGUUGCCUUCCUUGAGUACCGGAUUGCCAUCUGAUGUUGAUGAGGUUCCUCCUGCUGCAACCCUUACUGCUCAUUUUCUGUAUCAUUUGGCUGCCAAGAUGGACUUGAAAAUGGAAAUUUUUUCCCUUGGUGAUCUGUCAAAAACAAUUGGGAAGAUUUUGACAGACAUGUCAAGUCUCUAUGAUGUAGGGCGUCGAAAACGGACGGUGGGGUUAUUACUUGUUGACCGUACCCUUGACCUUCUUACUCCAUGCUGUCAUGGUGAUUCACUUGUAGAUCGUAUCUUUUCAGCUCUGCCUCGUAAGGAAAGAACAUCAUCCUCUGCAAGUAUCAAAUGCUCACAGGCCCAACUUCAACCUGGUCCUUCUAGCCUAGCACGUGCUUCCCUUGAGGUUCAGAUACCAAUUGGAGAAUUUUUAACCAAAGAAGAUUUUGAAAUAGAUGAUUCUGGUCUUUCAAAUAGCAUUGAAGCUUUUCGCUGUGGGUGGGAUUCCUAUAACACUGCUUCAGAAAUGGUAGAUUUGAUUAGUCUCAGCAAGAAAGCUAGUGAUGAGAAGUUUUUUCCUGCUGAGCUAUUACGGGGGUCCUUAGUCUCUACCGAAACAUUCAAAGGAACACCAUAUUUGGAAGCAAUACUAGAUAGGAAGACGAAAGAUGGGGCUAUUCUGGUGAAGAAGUGGCUUCAGGAAACUCUAUGUCGAGAGAAUAUGACUAUUGAUGUGAAAACUCGCCCUGGUUUUGCUUCAAAAUUAGAAUUAAAAACCAUGAUUAAAGCAUUAACCAAAAGCCAAUCAUCCUUAAUAAGAAACAGAGGAAUUAUCCAGUUGGCAUCAGCUACUUUAUUUGCCCUUGAUGAAUCAUGUAGUGCCAGAUGGGAUGCAUUUAUCAGUGCAGAGAAAAUAUUGAGUGUUAAUGCUGGGGAUACGAGCCAAAGUCUUGCUGCCCAAAUAAGUGACCUGAUCAAUAAGAGUGCUUUUGCAGGAUCAGAUGGCAAAAAGAGUGGGAAAAAGGAACUCUCACAAGGGCUACUUUCUUUUCAAGAUGCUUUGCUCCUCACAAUUUCUGGUUAUAUAUUGGCUGGCGAAAACUUCCCAACUUCUGGAUCCGGUGGCCCUUUUUCAUGGCAAGAGGAGCACUUUCUUAAAGAAGCUAUUUUGGAUGCUAUACUCGAAAACCCAUCGGUGGCUAGGUUGAAGUUUCUUCAUGGUCUAACGCAAGAACUUGAGGCCAAUUUAAACAAAACUAAAUCAGAUGUAACCAAAGAAACAUCAACAGAUGAAUUGAACAUUGAUGAUUUUGAUGAUGAUCAGUGGGGUAAAUGGGGAGAUGAAGAUGAAGAUGAAGAGAAUGAUAAUAAAGAGCAAGAAUAUGAUGACAUGCAGCUUAAGCUGGAGUUGCGCGAUAGAGUGGACAACCUUUUCAAAUAUCUUCAUAAGUUAUCUAGUUUAAAGAGCAAGAAAGGGCCAUUGGGUUUGGAAAGCAAUUUGAGUAGCGAUCCUUACACAAAUAAAGGAUUACUUUAUAAGCUUCUAACAAAGAUUUUGGGCAAGUUUGAUGUACCAGGAUUAGAGUACCAUUCAUCUACAGUAGGUCGACUGUUUAAAAGUGGGUUUGGAAGAUUUGGUCUUGGACAGGCUAAACCAAGUCUAGCAGACCAAAAUCUCAUUCUGGUUUUUGUUGUCGGAGGCAUUAACGGUGUUGAGGUACAAGAAGCACAAGAGGCAUUAUCAGAAAGUGGAAGACCUGAUAUCGAAUUAGUUCUUGGUGGAACCACUUUUCUAACUCCUGAUGACAUGCUUGAUUUGCUAUUGGGAGAAUCUAGUUACAUUUGACUUCUCUCUCCCUAACAUACACUAAUGUUACCGCAAAGAAAGAAUACAUGGUUAAAGCAUUAAGUUAGAACUUGAUGUUUGUUUGAUACAUGUGUCAUAAUGUAUUGGUUCAGGUGUUUAUAGUUUUUGAUAUGUUUAUCAUACUCAAUAGUUACCGUUGACGAAAGGGAAAUUGGCACUCAACCAACAUGGUAAGUUGUCUUCUGCCUUUUGAUAAAAGCGUGUAAAUGCAUUUGCUGACCGUAGAUCAUUGAACAAAGUUUUGUUUAUCCACAAA